AUGUCGGACCCAUAUAUCAGAGAAGCGGCGGAGUCCCUCCUCAGUAGUGUCAGCCCUCACCAAAGGACGUUAACUCAAUCACAUUCAGUAAACCUGGUGUCAGACGACCUGGUGGCUGGACACAGACCGCAAGGCAAGAUGUCCACGGUGAGGCGGUUUUUCUGCCUGUUCGUCACAUUCGACCUGCUAUUCACCAGUUUAAUGUGGCUCAUAUGUGUUAUGAUAAGAGGAGUAAACUUAGAAGAAAUAUUUAAAUCAGAGAUAAUUAAUUACAAUAUUAAGAGUUCCUUGUUUGACAUCGUAAUGGUAGCAGUUAGCAGAUUUAUAGUUUUGUUGUUGUUCUACGCAUUGCUGUAUAUUAAUAAUUGGAGUAUUAUUGCGCUAUCUACAGGGUGUACGUGUGCAUUUUUAAUAGCAAAAGUAUUCGUUUACGAUUGGCCCCACGCUGCGGAGCCGGUGUACCAAGUAUUCUUAAUACUAACAUCGUUUACACUCGCUUGGGGCGAAGCGUGGUUCCUGGACUUCAGGGUGCUUCCUCAGGAGUUACAAGCCAAACAGAUAUUAGAAACUAUCGUUCAUCACGGAGGUGGUGCUUCUGAGCGAACUCCCCUCCUGCAUCCGGGGUACGCAUCAGGACCCCACCACUCCAACUAUGCGGAGUCAACCGUGAAAUGGUUCUCUCCCGUAGAAACACCAGAGUCGAGUCCACGGCCGAGAGUACCUGGAGAACAGAUCAUAUUGACAACAGACCAGCUGAUUAAAUGUUCUAGAAGUGUACCUACGGCAAUUGAGAGCUAUGUUUCGUUACAUAAGAGAGAUGAAAUAUGUCUUAAAGGGAAAUAG